UCGCAGCGCCUUGGCGGAGAUGUUCAUCAGGCUUGAGGAUGAAUUGGGGGCGAAGAAGAAGGCCGCGGAUUUCAACCCGAUCAGCGAUGCGAUGUCGUUUGAUUUCAUUUUCCGGCUGCUCACCGACGGCAGCCCGGACCCGAAACUGGCCGGCGACGGGCCCGGAAUGUUCGAUAAAUGGCUGACUUUACAGCUGGCUCCGUUGGCGUCGCUUGGAUUGCCCAAAAUAUUUUGUGUGUUUGAAGAUCUCAUCAUCCAUACCAUUCCCCUACCCUUCAUGCUCGUCAAAACUUCUUACAGGAAACUUUACAACGCCUUCUACUCCUCAUCGGCUUCCUUUCUCGACGAAGCAGAGCGUCAAGGAAUAGACAGAGACAAAGCCUGCCACAAUUUGGUGUUCCUCGCCGGAUUCAAUGCCUACGGCGGAAUGAAAGUCCUGUUCCCGAGUUUGCUCAAGUGGGUCGGCGCCGCCGGCGAGCCCCUCCACCGGCAGCUCGCCGGCGAGGUCAGGGCCGUCGUCAAGGAACAAGGCGGCCUCACUUUCGCCGCA